UCCACAUCAACGUCGAGAGGCUUCGGUCAGAAACUGUCUGCGGGAAGUACGUUGCAGUCAUACUCAUCACGGUCAUCGACACCCGGAACAUGAAGAGCUUCACGCUGUGCCUAUUUGUCGGCUUAUUGCUGAUAGUUGCCUGGAGCAGUAUAUCUUCGGGAGCACCUGUCCACAAGGGACCACCUCAAGAAAGGUUGAAUUAUGGCGAUUCCAACCAAGUGGAGUCCCUGCGCACAUUAGAAAUCCAGACCGAACCGAAAGAAGAUACUGGCGGGAUUGACACAAGUACUCCGGAGGGAAAAGAAAGUGAACAGGCAUCACUAAUUCGGUCCAGGUAUGAAGCGUCAAGCGAGGAGGCUGAAAGUGAGGAAAGCGAUUCCGAAGAGGCAUCAAACGAAGAUAACCAAGAAAGCGAGUCUGAGGAAGAGAGUGAAGAAAGUGAGUCCGAGGAAGAGAGUGAAGCAAGUGAGUCUGAAGAAGAGAGUGAAGAAAGUGAGUCUGAAGAAGAUAGUGAAGAAAGUGAGUCCGAGGAAGAAAGUGAGUCUCAGGAAGAGAGUGAAGAAAGUGAGUCUGAGGAAGAGAGUGAAGAGAGUGAGUCCGAGGAAGAGAGUGAAGAAAGUCAAUCUGAAGAAGAGAGCGAGUCCGAGGAAGAGAGUGAAGAAAGUGAGUCCGAGGAAGAAAGUGAAGAGAGUGAGGAAAGUGAGUCCGAGGAAGAGAGUGAAGAAAGUGAGUCCGAGGAAGAAAGUGAAGAGAGUGAGGAAAGUGAGUCCGAAGAAGAGAGUGAAGAAAGUGAGUCCGAGGAAGAGAGUGAAGAGAGUGAAGAAAGUGAGUCCGAGGAAGAGAGUGAGGAAAGUGAGUCCGAGGAAGAGAGUGAGUCUGAGGAAGAGAGCGAGUCCGAGGAAGAGAGUGAAGAAAGUGAAUCCGAGGAAGAGAGUGAAGAGAGUGAAGAAAGUGAGUCCGAGGAAGAGAGUGAAGAGAGUGAAGAAAGUGAGUCCGAAGAAGAGAGUGAAGAAAGUGAGUCUGAGGAAGAGAGUGAAGAGAGCGAGUCUGAGGAAGAGAGUGAAGAGAGCGAGUCUGAGGAAGAGAGUGAGUCCGAGGAAGAAAGUGAAGAGAGUGAGUCUGAGGAAGAGAGUGAGUCCGAGGAAGAGAGUGAAGAGAGUGAAGAAAGUGAGUCCGAGGAAGAGAGUGAGUCCGAGGAAGAGAGUGAAGAAAGUGAGUCCGAGGAAGAGAGUGAAGAGAGUGAAGAAAGUGAGUCCGAGGAAGAGAGUGAAGAAAGUGAGUCUGAGGAAGAGAGUGAAGAGAGUGAGUCUGAGGAAGAGAGUGAAGAAAGUGAAUCUGAAGAAGAGAGCGAGUCCGAGGAAGAGAGUGAAGAAACGUGCACAUGCACAGAUUUCGCCGUACUCUAUGCUUUACUUAAGCUCAAGCACCGCCAAAAUGCCAGAUAA